GCGGCCGAGACGGUUUGAAAUUGAAGCGGGCGGAAGCGGAGGAAAAUAAACUAAAGCAGCUGUUUGAGCUCGGACACAACUUUAUCUGAUUCAAUGAACUUUUAAUAGUUUCAAACCAAGAUGUCCGGCCGCGCUUGCGUCAGACUGACGUGUUUUUCAUGUCGUGUGUUGUAGUCGGACUGAGAUAGGUGGACUAACCGUUAGCUCUUUUGUUUUUAGCAUUCGGCUAACAUGUCUUUAUUUAGCGUACAAGCGAGGAAGCACACGGCGUAUUACGACCAUCUCAUGUCGACGGCCAGGACGUCGGUGGGGAGAGGGCGCCCGGCGGAGAGGAAAACAUCCGACACGACGCUGGAGAAAAGUGGGACAACAUUCGGAGAAUCUGCGUGUGAGGACAGCAGGACUUCCGAGAGAAGCCGACAGGUAAACAGGACCUAUGUCGUCUCCGUGCUGUCGAAGAGCGGCGGUGGGCAGCAGACACCUCUCCGGAGCCGGCUCACCCUGCAGAGGAGGUCAAGGAGGAGGACCGGGGGCGAGUCAGGGGAGAAAAGUGGGACUGAAAGCAGCCAGAACAGCACUCCGGCUCCGGAGAAGAGACUGACCCUGCAGCGGAGGACAAGGACCCCCUCCAUGGAUAAAAGCGCCCAGGGGCAGCGUGGGCUCAGCGGCGCUGGUGUGCAGCCACCGCCGAAAGUCCUGGGUGAACCAAACGGCAGGACCCCGAGUUUGUUCAGGUCUGCGAGUGUGAGAGAAGCUGCCUCCAAGAGUAAAAGCAGAGACACUCAUGUGGAAACCCAGGGCAGGCUGGCACACAGCAAGACACCCUCCGCUUCAUCUUCCUCCACAAGACAGCUGGAGGACCAGGCCCAAACAUUUAAAACCCCCACAAAAAAGACAUCGUUUGAGAAGAUCGCAGCCAGGAGGGACGUGUUCGAGAGACUGGCAGGAAAAGAAGUCCCUAGAGUAGUGGCGGUCAAGUCUGCAAGUCUAGAAAGACCCAAGUCUCGAAUGCAACAAGCUCAAGACAGUAAACCUGCGCCAGCUCCUCGGGUCAGCAAGGCGUCCGCAGGUGUGCACAGGCCCAACCCUGCGCCACAGGUGAUCAGGACAUCCAGCUCCGACCAGAGGGGAGACGUGACCCAGGCCAGGACCUCCACCCCUGCUCCUGCUCCAACAAGAACCGAGCAGCCCCUGUCUCGACCCAGUGAGGCUGUGAAGCAGCAGGAUUCAUUAAAGAUGGAGGACAGUGCAGUGACUGUGGCUGUCCGUGUCAGGCCUUUCAGUGCCCGGGAGAAGGCAGAGAAGGCAUCGCAGGUCAUUUUCAUGAAUGGCCAGGAGACCGUUGUCCAACACCCUGAGUCAAAACAGAGCUACUCCUUUACCUAUGACUUCUCUUUGUGCUCGGUGGAUGAGAGCGAGUCCACAUUUGCCAGCCAGCAGAUGGUGUACGAGACACUGGCUAAACCUCUGCUACUAAGGGCCUUCGAAGGAUUCAACACCUGUCUGUUUGCUUAUGGUCAAACCGGCUCUGGAAAAUCAUACACGAUGAUGGGCUUUGGAGAAGAAGCAGGGGUUAUCCCACGGUUCUGUCGUGAGCUUUUUUCUAGAUUGACCUCAAUCGAAAAUAAAGAGGUCAAAUGUCAUGUAGAGAUGAGCUAUUUUGAAGUUUACAAUGAGAAGAUCCACGACCUCCUGGUUACCAGAGAUGAUCCAAACCAAAGGAGGAUGCCUCUGCGGGUGAGAGAACAUCCCGUCCAUGGUCCCUACGUUGCUGAACUUUCUACGAAUGUUGUGAGCUCUUACAAUGACAUCCAGGGUUGGCUGGAGCUUGGCAACAAGCAGAGAGCCACAGCAGCUACAGGAAUGAACGACAAGAGCUCCAGAUCUCACUCCGUCUUCACCCUGGUUAUGACCCAGACCAAAACUGAGUUUGUGGAGGAUGAGGAACAUGACCAUAGCAUCACCAGCAGGAUCAACCUGGUGGACUUGGCAGGCAGCGAACGCUGUAAAUCGGCUCAGACGAGUGGAGAUCGACUCAGGGAGGGCGCUAGCAUUAACAAAUCCCUGCUCACCCUUGGAAAGGUCAUCUCUGCUCUGUCUGAGCAAGCACUGACCAGGAAGAAGGUCUUCACACCGUACAGGGAGUCUGUCCUCACAUGGGCAUGGAGAGAGAAACUGGAACAAGCUGAAAUACGCAAACGUGAGGAGACCAAAGAGUUGCAGAAAGCAGGCGUGACGUUCAAAGUGGACAAUCGUCUUCCCAACCUGGUGAACCUGAACGAGGAUCCCCAGUUGUCUGAGAUGCUUCUCUACAUGAUCAAAGAGGGUCAAACCACAGUGGGCAAGAUCAAGUCUGACUCCAGCCGAGACAUUCAGCUGACUGGAGCCCUCAUUGCCGACCAGCACUGCGUUAUAACCAGUAUCCAUGGUACUGUCAGCAUCACACCCAUGGAAAGUGCCAAGACCUUUGUUAAUGGGAACCUGAUCUCAGAGUCCACUGUCCUUCAUCAUGGUGACAGGGUGAUUCUAGGCGGCGACCACUACUUCCGCUUUAACCAUCCAGCUGAGGUGCAGUCUGGGAAGCGUGUAUCGUGUUGGACAGGCGCAGGCGAUGGCCAGAAAGAUUUUGAAUUUGCUAAAAAUGAACUACUUAAGGCUCAAAGAGCUCAGCUGGAGGCAGAAAUUGAAGAAGCCCAUCUGAAGGCGAAAGAGGAGAUGAUGCAGGGAAUCCAGAUGGCAAAGGAGGUGGCCCAGAAGGAGCUUUGUGAUCAGAGGGCACUUUAUGAGGACAGGAUUCGUGCCCUGGAGAGAGAGCUGAACGAGGAGAGUGCGUGGAAACGUCAACAGGAAUUAGACCAGCAGAGGGUGGCCAGUCAGAUGGCAGAGCUGAAGAUGGCCAAGCUGGAGCUGGAACAGAAGGUGGACUCCCACAAGAAACACCUCCGUCUGCACAUGGAGGCCCAGGCGAUGGAGGAACACCGUGUAAGUCAAGUGAGGAUUGUUGAGGCCCUGGAGGCAGAGAAGAAGAAGAUUGGCAGAGAGCUGGAGGAGAUGCAGAAGAAAAGAGCUUUGAGGGAUAUCCACACUCCGAGAAAUGUCUCUCCACAUUGGGAUGCUAUGAAGAUGUCCUUGAUGAUUGAGGAAGCUAAUAAGAUCAGUGCUAAACUGAAGAAAAACACAAUUUUUAGAAGACACGAAAGCUCUGACAGUGAGAAUCUGGGAACGGAUGGUUUGCUCCAGGUGCGGGUUCAAAACACAAAGCUGGGGAUCUCCACAUUCUGGAGUCUGGACAAGUUCCAAAACAACAUGGCUGCCAUGAGGGAACUCGAACAGGGGGAUUCCACCUCUAAAGAUGACGACGUGUUUUAUGACCCUGAUGAUGAGUGGGAGCAAGAUAUAUCGGCCUCCUCUGCCUCCACCUCAUCGUUCUCACGCCGAAGGAGCAGGAGUUUGUUGAAGAGCAGGAGAAUCUCCGGGCGCCUGUACGAGAUCCGGGUUCAUCCGAUUCAGAGCCUCCACAAUGGCUCCUCCCAGUCUGCUGGGUUGAUGGGUGUCGCCAAACCUCCCUCCACCCAUUCCAGCAGCACAGACUCUGCCCUGCCCGGCAUCUGCAAAGAGCUGAUCGGUCAAUCAGUGGGCCGUCUCCGUGGAUGUAGUGUGACAGAUGAGAGCAUGGCUGACAGGUUGGCCUCUGAUCUGAACCUGGUGUAUGAGGCAGUUCAAACCUUAUCUGACCUGUACGACAGCCUGGACGAUGACAGCCAGGAGAACGUGUUUGUUUGUAACUUGGUGGCCCAGACUCAGCUGGUCAAGGCCACCACAGCCAUAGAGAGUGCAGCGUUUGUGACCAUGCAGUGGUUGGUGAGUGUUAAACCCGUGUCUGGCUUCCUCUACACAAUCACUGAGGAACUCAAGAGCCAAGUGAAGAAGAUGGGAGGAUUCUUUCAGCUGCUCAUUCAGGGCUGUGAAUCAGAGAUCACAUCCAUGGUAACGGAGGCACGGAGGAAGAGCAGCCAGUGCCUGGAUGCAGCAUUGCUUGCACUCGGCCACCUGGCGGCAGUGACAUGCAUGCCGCUGAAUGCUAUGGAGCUGGGUGCCCGGGCCGCAGGCAAGCCUUCCAUGACCAUGUGUGUACUGAAGGGGACCAACAGAGGCAUUCGCUCUCUUUUAGAGGAGAGUCUCACCAUCACCAGGGAGAUGCUGAGAGACGCUCAGCUGGCGUAUCCCAGGAACCCAGUCCUGCAGAGCCUUAAAUCCAAGAUGCUUGAUUUAGCGCGUGCUCUGCAGAGCUACAUGCAUUGCCAUAUUUCGGAGAGGGAGUCUGACUCAGAGGAGGUGGAGGAAUGGGUGGAGGAGGCUUCUGCUUCCCAUCUGAAGAAACUGAGGGAUGCAGCGACCAAACUGUUCCGACUGAACCACGCCAUCACACAGCUGCAUUCCUCUCUGUCUGCUGCCCUGCGAGGCAAAGACAGAGACUCCAACCUCAGCAGCUCCAGAGAGCAGAUCUCCUCCUCUGCCAAGGCUGUGAACGAGCUGAUCGUCGGUCUGUCCAAGGAGGGAGCACUGACAGCGUCCUCACAGCUCCCCUGUCUUCAGAGUGUCGUGACUGCAAGAGACGCACUCCACUCGGCCCUGCAGUCCUUGUCCUUCCCCUGGAACGAACAGGAGGCAGGAGAGGGCAGAAGCUCUGCCGCCUCAGAUAAGAGCACAGAGGAUGAUAUCUCGAGUAAAGAGAGUGCUUCCACUUACAGUGCUGUUAGAAAUCGAGGUGAAAGUAAAAUAGUCUACUUGCACCCAUCCAAAGGCAGCCCACACUGGGUGUAAUGUGUCUUUACGAUGCUCUAAUAUCAUGUAGGAUUUACUGCAAAGCUUAACUGCUGACAAGAAGAAAUCCGAAAUGCUGGUAAUAAGAAGCAAGUAUCUUUUUUCUUCACACCCCAUAAUUACCAACCUCACUGCGGGCAGCUGACAGAGAAACUGUUUCCAUUUAGUUUGAUAGUUGUUCAUUUGAACACUUUAAAUUAACUGUGGUUUCCACAUGUAAGCCUUCAUGUCAUUUCUGAUGCAAGUGCAGCACUAGUGUUGAGAUGUACCCGGGUUUGUUGUUAAGAACUUACUUCCGAGUGCUUUGAAAGUAUUUUAAACAGAUGCAUUAGAUCUAAGACUUUACUCACCAGAUGUGUAAAGUAAAUUAUUUUUGGUUGCAUUUCUAUUGAAUCGAACAUGAAACAGUUCAACAGCUUUUUUGUUAGUGUUUUGUAAAACAAACAAAAAAAAAUGUACUGAACGUCUUUGUCCCCGUUCUCUGCUGUAUAGGAUUUUUCUCAUGAAGGUGUAUUUCAUUCUCAUAUUCACUUAAAGCUUUGCUCUUUUGUUUUUUGUACACAAACUGUAACAAUUUGCACUCCGGAGAAACUUCUCUAAUACAUGUACCUAAACAAAGUAUUUUUUUUUUAUGUCUUUUGUAAGACUUGGUAAGAACUGGUAAGUUGGUAUCAUAUAGGGAAUUGAGAUAAUACAAUACAUUAAUUUAGUUUGAUUUGUCAGGAAAACAAAUCAUAUUGUGUUGCACUAUUCACUAAACCAUGUAAAUAAUACACCUUUAAUGAGAUGUUUUUAUUGAAUGAUUGUGAAUUGACACUGAAAUGGUACACAGGCUUAAAGUAGGAAUUGUUGGAAACAUUUAUUUACGCUUUUCCUACUUGAACUGUUGUGAGUUAAAAAGUGUCAAAAGUCAGUGAAAUAUAAA